GUCCAUGCGGAAUGUUUCCAAAUUUUCUUUCCCUGAGACUCUGCUUUUCUUUCAUUCAAAGCAAUCAAUAAAUUAGCCGCCUUGUCUUACCAUUGCUACUUGGAACCUCUCCCCUUCUCCAUUUGGAGCUUCUUAGCCUCUCCUCUUCUUUAUCUUCUUUGUUUAUAAUUAAGUUCUUCUUUCUUGUAUAUAGUUAUUUAAUUUCUUUUGUUUUUGGUCUUGUUUUCAUGGAUGAGAUUGAAAUUCCACAAUACUUCAUCUGCCCCAUAUCUCUUCAGAUCAUGAAAGACCCUGUAACAAUGGUUACCGGCAUCACAUACGACCGGGAGAGCAUCGAGCAGUGGUUGUUCUUCGGCAAGAACACAACGUGUCCGGUCACGAAGCAGCCUCUGCCCAAGGACUCAGACUUGACGCCCAACCAUACACUCCGCAGACUAAUCCAGGCCUGGUGCAUUGCAAAUGCAUCCAAUGGUGUGGAUCAGAUUCCGACCCCGAAAUCUCUCUUUGACAGGACCCAGGUAGUUAAGCUCAUUCAAGAACUUCGGAUUCCUCAGCUGCAACUGCAAUCACUGAGGAAAUUAGAGGCCAUUGCAUCCAGGAAUGAAAAGAACAGGGGGCCAAUGGUAGAGGCUGGUGUAGCCAAGGCCAUGGUUUCGCUGAUCAUGUCACGUUUCAGGGAAGCCCGAACCGAUGGACUCAGUGAAGCUUUUAGUGUUUUCCACCUUGUAUGCACUCCAACCGAAAAGAUGAAGAAACUUGUUUCGGAGAACUACGAUGUUGUCGAGUCGAUAAUGUGGGUUUUACAGCAAGAAAUGGAUGAUCAGGAGACGGUGAAGACGCGUGCAGUCUUGGUUCUGAAAACCAUCACCGAAGUGGCGAGUGGGUCGUUAAUGGAGAGAUUAAAGCCAGAGUUCUUCAAAGCAAUGGUGGGUGUAUUGAGGCAACAGAUCUCUCAGCAAGCCACCAAGGCUGCCUUACACAUGUUGUUAGAAGCAUGUCCUUGGGGAAGGAACAGAUCGAUAAUUAUCGAAGCUGGUGCAGUUUUUGACCUCAUCGAGAUUGAACUUAGGAUGCCGGAAAAGAGGACAACCGAGCUCAUCUUCGGCAUACUGGAUCAUCUGUGUUGCUCCCCAGAUGGGCGAGCCCAGCUUCUGGGUCAUUCGGCUGGCAUCGCCAUGGUAUCGAAAAGAAUACUGAGAGUUUCUCCGGCAGUAGAUGAUCGAGCAGUUCACAUUCUAUCCUACAUCGCUAAGUUUUCAGGAAACAAUGAAGUUGUUCACGAGAUGUUGAGGGUUGGAGCUGUGUCCAAGCUAUGCAUGGUUCUUCAAGCAGAGUGUUCAGCCAAAGUAAAAGAGAAGGCCAGAGGGGUUCUUAGAUUGCACUCCAAUGUUUGGAACAAUUCUCCUUGCAUUGCUGUGUAUCUGUUGACAAGGCACCCUAGGUAGCAUCAAACUAAAUUAAUCAAUUAAUGUUUCUUUCAGAUAUAUACUUUCUUUCUUU